CGUGUACUCCUUUAGAGUGAGUCUAGUGCAAAGUGUUCAGCAGCCUGUUCUGCUUUGCUUUAGGCCCCUGGGUUUAGUGAAAUGAGAGCAUGUGGAAUGUGUUUACCGGGUAAUAGUUAUUGUUAAGUAAGUGAAUUCUGUUGCCUGGGGAGAUUUCAGCAGUUGAGAUUGUGGUGGCAGUGGCAGCACUUCCUGGAUAUUGUUUGUGUAUGCUGGGGAAAAUGCUGGACUCUGAAUUAGCAGGUGAAGAUCUUGAGAGUGAAUGUGAGGAGGAGUGAAGAAUGGUGAAGAAGGUGCCCAUGCUCCUCGUGAAAAUGCCUUUUCUUCAGACCGGUGUUGCAGCAUCCAUAUCCCACUUGCUUUUCCUGGCUAUCUGUUGCUACGAUGAUUAAGGAGGAGGACUGGUCCAGGGACUGGAAACAUGGUUUCUUUUUACAAGUGCCUCCGAGGUGACUUCAGUGAUCUUGCAGGUUCCUCCUUCUGCCUACCAUGGUAUCUUCAUGAUCCUCCCUAUUACCAGAGAUAAACUUGGGGUUUAGCUGGCUAUUAUGAAGUGACUGUCACAUGAGUUCCACGAGAAUAAUGGAUGCUAAAUUGCGAGAAGCUGAAGGAUGUGCUGAGGACAAUUCAGGAAAGAAAAAGUCAAAGUUCAAAUCUUUCAAAAAGUUCUUCGGGAAAAGGAAAAGGAAAGAGACCGUAGUAUCUUCAGGGAACACCACUCUGAAACCAUGCCAGUCAGCUAGUGAUGUUACAACCCCAGAGCCCUUGCACCUUGGCUAUGAUUCUGAAGAUGAACUUGAAACCCACAAAGGUAUUAUGGGAAGCAGAGCUUUUUCGCAUGAUAGCAUUUUCAUUCCCGAGCCUGCGCAAGAGCCUACUCGGCCAGUACGAGUGUUUUCUCAGGAUAACGUUUCUGAUCGGAUUAGAGCUUUACAGUUGAAACUCCAACAAAGCAUGAAACUGGGACCACCACCUCCUUUUGGAAUUCAUGCAAAGCGGCUGGAUGAUGCUGGGACUAGUUCUGAGGACGAUGGGUUACCCAGGAGUCCUCCAGAAAUGUCUUUGCUCCAUGACAUUUUAAGUUCCAGCACAGCAACAAAGUUCUCUGACUCUCACAAGCAUCCUAGCUCUUUGAGUUUAGCUGGAACAGGCAGUGAAGAAGAAGAACAGGUCAUAUCAGUUCCUUCUUCUAGGCCCUGCUCUACAGAAGGCCAACUAUUCCAUAGGCAUUCAAGUGCUAAAGCUCUGUCUCCCCAAACAUCUGAUAGCAGCAGCUCACCUGCAGCUGAUUUUGAUUCUCCGCCUGAUUUCGCUACUUGCUUGGAUAAUUCUGCUGCUAGACACAAGCUUUCAAUCAAACCGCGGAACCAGAGAUCUAGUAAAAUGAGAAGACUUCCUUCGCGGACACAAUCAGAGUCUCUGAAUGACUUGAGCUGCACCCCAGAAGAAGAGGAGAAUGAUGGGGAAGAGAUGUUGACAGACUUGACACACGAAAUCUUCACCACCAGCUAUCAGAAAUUGACACACAGCACAGCUGUGACAAGUGAUGUGGCCUCUUGGCAGAGAUCUGAAAUGCCUGAAGAUUUUCCCCAUAGUUCCAGACAUGGAGACGAAAGGCCUCCCACACGGCAGUUUGCUUCUGAGUCUGCUGUUGUACAGGAAGCCUUGUUACUUGAGAAUGAUCCUGCGGGCUGCCAAACUAUGCUGGCAUUAACACAGUCUGAGUCAGAUUAUCCUUCUCCUUUAGAACCUAAAGAAAAUGGAAUAACCCUGAUUCUGUCUCCAGAUGGAGAGACACGAAGGGGAAAAGAGCCCUCAGGAUCUCUGAGUGUGUCCACUGAAAACAUAUGUGAGGUGUCAGUUAAUACUUUAAAUAAAGAAAAUAAACAGUUUCUUCCUGGGUCGUCCCUGAAUAACUUGCUGUCUAAAGAGGACACUUCAACCAGUACUGGCAGUUUUUCUUGUUUGGGAGGGCCAGAAAAAUAUAUACAGGAGGGUAGUAAAAUACCCAUGGAAACAUCCUGUUACAAGGAAACAAUGAAGGAGUCUGCUGCAUUGCCAGUUUCUGGCAAGCAAUUACCUGAAGGAUCUUCUCAGCUCACAGACUCACCCUGUGUUUCCUCUGAUAUUCCACUGCCUGCUUUAUCACAGCUGGGGUCACCUGCUUCCUGGGCUCUGGAGCAAACUAAGCUCAGUCAAGAACCAGCCACCUCUGACAAGGAAAACAGUCAGUCUCUGGCACCCGGGGAGGCAAUAUUGGAGAAAAAAAUGGAGAAAGCUGCCAAUGAACUCAGUGUCUUGAGAAAAUUUUCAGUGUCAUCAGCCUGGGAGAGACCCAGGGCUGGCAGCCUUAACCUGAAAGAAAACUCAGAAUCUGAAAGUUCAUUAAAUACCAAAUUACCCCUCCCAAAAACAAAGCUCUUCUCAAGAAAUGAGAAGCUGGAAGACAAUGUGCAGGUGGGCGCGGAGCUAAAAGAGGAAAACAAUCAUGUCAAAAAGCAGGUGUCACUGGCAGAUUCUGACUCCGAGGUCAUGGGCAAAGCAGCAGACAAUAUGGUGGCUAGCUGUGUCUCUCAGGCCAUUGGUGAAAUUCCAGUGCAAAGUGGCUCUGUUGUGGUAUCCCCAUGCCAACCAGACUGUGAAGAUAAAAGUCCUUUUCGAGUAAAACUUAGAUCUACUUCACUAUCCUUGAAAUACAGAGACAGCUCUUCACCAGAAUCAACGGGGUUUAAAAGAUACAGUGCAGAGAUUAAUUUAGAAAAAGAGGGAUUGGCGUCACUUCUAAAAGCUGAAAAGGCAUCAGUCAAAAAAACAGCUGAUGUAAAUAUCAGUGGCUCCGGGAAUGACAGCAUAAAAUCUAAAACAAAGUCCUCUGAACUGCUUAGCACAAAACCUCCAUUGCCUAGGAAGCCUGUUUUGCAAAAUGUAACUAUUGCAAACAGUAAUGUGAACGUGGAAAAGCAAGAAAAAGUUACUAAAUCUCCUGAAUCCAAAAGUAAAGACAGAAACUUGGAGAAAAAAUCAUAUCCUUCAAAAGUGCCUGAGAAGACUGUGCCUUCCCCAGUGUUUACAGCAGACUCUGCAGGAGGAACUGAUAGCCAGUCAACACCAGCCUGGAUUACUAUAGCAAGACAGAAGCAGAGAGGCAUGCAACAGGAGCAAGAACUCAAUAAAGAAGAGAAACUUGUGGCUGAAGAUGUUAAGCCAGACACAGAAAAACAAAAUAAGGAGAAGGAAAGACUGGAGUGGCCAGUGAAGCAACAAGCAGACUUCAUCAGGAGCAAACCUUCACAUUUUACAACUAAGGCUUCUUCAGAAGAACAGAGGAAUGAGACAAAGUCUGAAGUGAAAGAGCCACUGCCAAGAACCAACUCACUGUCACGUACUAUUCCUGCUCAAUCCUCAGUGCUGAUAGAAAAAGAAGAAAUGAACCAGUUUAAGAAAGUCAGUCACUCUGUUCCUGAUCAGCCAUCGUGGAUGGAACUUGCCAAAAAGAAAUCCCAAGCUUGGAGUGAUAUGCCACAGAUUAUAAAAUAGGACAGUACAUCUCAGACCAAUAGUAUAUGCAAUUUUGAUAUGUCAGUAGUUCAUGUAAUUUAACUUCUAUAGAUUAAUUAAUCACAAAGAAGAAUCUAUGGUACAUCAGAAGGGUUUUGUUAUAAAGCUUUUGAAAAGAGUGCAAUAAAUGCAGUCAAAAAGUUUACCUUAAACAUCCUGUAGCAGUCAGGAUGCUACUAGAAAUUAUUUAAGAAUAAGAUACUUUAAGGACACACACCAACUUAGAGAAACAUUCUGCCUAUAUACAUUGGGUAUUUCCCUCUCAUUAAAUUUGCCCAAGACCAGUGUCUUGGUUAAAUCUUGCUGAACUCUUCAUUGCAAUCAUUAACAACACUGUAACGGGAGAUUGUUAACACUGCUCAUUAGCUGUUUGUGUAUUGGCCACUAUCAGGUCAUGAUAAUAUAAAUGUUUAACUGGAAUUACCUGACAAACACAACUCUAAUGUGGGCCUGAACUUGCCACUUUCUGGAGGGAACCCUACCCCAUUGAAGUCAGUGUGAAUUUUGCCACUGACGUCAGUGUGGCAAGGAUAAUACAUCCUUUAUGUUCAAUAUUUUCUCUAACUUGACUUUGCCAAGAACAGUGACAGUUGGCUGCUAGGAGCCUGCUUGUAGAUCCAUUGAGAUCAAAUUAAGACUUCCAGUGAUUUUGAUGGGAACUAGCUUUGGUUUUACAAGGUGGUCAAUACUACUAUAUGGUACUUGCUCAAAUGCUGGUUUCUCUUCAGAUCAUAUAAAUCGUUUGCCUUUUAUUAAAGUGCUAACCCAUCGAAACAGAAUCAAUUUAAAUAUCUCAAAUGUAGGGUCUGAUUUCGCUUCAGAUAGGUUAUAGUGUCAAUAUUAUCCUGUGCUGGGGUUUCUUUUAGAUCAAAAAGUCAUGUGACUCUGCUAUAGACAAUUGCUAUUCUGUCACCAACAGCAACGUGGGAAAUAUCUUAAAUAGUUUUGCACUCGUACAUAUCUUCUUUCAGCCAAAUGUAUUGUAGCUGACAAUCCCAAGAUGUAAUACAAAUGCAUUUAGGCAAACUGAUUUAUGGUUUAUAUUCUUCAAUGUGUAGAAAGAAUGGUGAUCAACUUUACUGUAGAUGUCACUGUAUUUUUCCAGCCCAGAAGCAAUAUGACUGACUGAACACAGUCCAUUUUGCUCAACUGCAAGUACUGUACAGCAUAAAGUAGAAAAUCUACUGAAAUAAUACAGGCAGUCCCCGGGUUACGUACAAGAUAGGGACCGUAGGUUUGUUCUUAAGUUGAAUAUGUAUGUAAGUUGGAACUGGCGUCCAGAUUCAACCGCUGUUGAAACUGACCAGCAG